AUGGACCACACCCAGCCCCAAACGCUCGAGCUCAAGGAGAACACGACGAUUAUCGUCCUCGGUGCCUCCGGAGAUCUUGCUAAGAAGAAGACGUACCCCGCGCUCUUUGGCCUGUACCGAAACCAAUUUCUGCCCAAGGGCGUCAAGAUCGUCGGAUAUGCCCGGACAAAGAUGGACCACGAGGAGUACCUGCGACGGGUGAAGUCAUACAUCAAGACGCCUACCCCGGAGAUUGAGAAGCAGCUUGAGGAGUUCGCCAGCCUGUGCACCUACAUUUCCGGCCAGUACGACAAGGAUGAGUCCUUUGCUGUUUUGGACAACCACCUCAAGGACUUGGAGAAGGGAUGGCCAGAGGCGCACCGCCUGUUCUACAUGGCGCUGCCUCCCAGUGUCUUUACCAUUGUCUCCCAGCACCUGAAGCGGUGCUGCUACCCAACCAGGGGCAUCGCUCGUGUCAUUAUUGAGAAGCCCUUCGGCAAGGAUCUUGCCAGCUCUCGCGAGCUGCAGAAGUCUCUCGAGCCCGACUGGAAGGAAGAGGAGCUCUACCGUAUCGACCACUACCUCGGUAAGGAGAUGGUCAAGAACAUUCUCAUCAUGCGCUUCGGCAAUUCCUUCCUUGGUGCUACCUGGAACAGACACCACAUCGACAAUGUGCAAAUCACCUUCAAGGAGCCCUUUGGCACCGAGGGUCGUGGAGGCUACUUUGACGAGUUUGGCAUUAUCCGAGAUGUCAUGCAAAACCAUCUUCUCCAGGUCCUCACUCUCCUGGCCAUGGAGCGCCCCAUCUCGUUCGACUCCGAGGAUAUUCGAGAUGAAAAGGUCCGUGUCCUCCGAGCCAUGCCUGCUAUUGAGCCCAAGAACGUCAUCAUUGGACAGUAUGGAAGGUCGUUGGAUGGCAGCAAGCCGUCGUACAAGGAGGACGACACUGUGCCCAAGGACUCUCGAUGCCCAACAUUCUGCGCCCUUGUCGCUUACAUUAAGAACGAGCGAUGGGACGGCGUUCCAUUCAUCAUGAAGGCUGGCAAAGCCCUCAACGAGCAAAAGACGGAGAUCCGUAUCCAGUUCAAGGACGUUACCUCGGGCAUCUUCAAGGACAUUCCACGGAACGAGCUUGUUAUGCGCAUUCAGCCCAACGAGAGUGUCUACAUCAAGAUGAACUCUAAGCUUCCCGGACUCAGCACCCAGACUGUCGUUACCGAGCUUGACCUUACCUACAGACGCCGAUUCUCGGACCUCAAGAUCCCCGAGGCAUACGAGUCACUUGUCCUCGACUGCUUGAAGGGCGACCACUCCAACUUUGUUCGUGACGACGAGCUGGAUGCUAGCUGGCGCAUGUUCACUCCCCUGCUGCACUACCUGGAAGACAACAAGGAGAUUAUCCCUAUGGAGUACCCCUAUGGCUCUCGUGGCCCCGCUGUUUUGGAUGAUUUCACAGCAUCGUAUGGAUACAAGUUCAGCGAUGCUGCGGGCUACCAAUGGCCGACAACCUCGGCUGCCCCUCCUACCAAGUUGUAA